ACUUCACUUGCAAGGUGAGCGCACGCGUCGGUCCGGAUUAGACCCACUUGCUUCGUGCAUAGCGACGGCAUAGGUGUAGCGCUGCAAUGUGGUGCACUGAGAUGGGGUGCUUUGGCCUUGGCCGGAGGUAAGGACGAAGGUAAGGGGCGCGGGACCCGGCCAGCACAUCGCGCCCGACUAGCCCCAGCGAGCGCUCCUAGCAAGCCAGGAUCGGGACGCGUAUCCAAGUUUAUUUAAUUCAGCGCCGCGGAGGCGUCAGUAUCCUGGGCCGUCGAGAAUGAGUGCUUCGAUUUGGACUGGAGGCGCCGGUACACCGGUGCAGAGGCGCUGCCGAGCCUCCGCCGCAUCUCGCUGCCGCGACCGAACUAGUGCCCGUCAUGCAGCACCGUUGGCGUUGUUGCCCCUGCUGGCGCUCUUCCUUCUGUUGCUGCCAGCCCUAGCACUGGCGGCGCGGCGCAUGCACACCCUGUGGGUUCCCUCCACAUUCUCGUCUUCUCCUUCGUCCACAUCCCCCGCGGCGGGCGUGACAAUACACACCGGAGGCCCCUUCGCCAACCGCCACAACCGUCACGGUCAUCAGCCGCUUCUGAGCAGCCGCGGAUUCAAUACCGGUGAUGCAGCGGAGAAUAGUCCUCAUCGCGUGCGGAGCAGGCCGGCGGCAGCUGCAUCGCCUCCAGACCUCAUCGUGCCCUCCUCCCCUAUCGUGCCUUCCAACCCGGCGCCAUCCUACCCGGCCCCGCCUUCGCCAGCGGUUGUUCCGCGCUACCCGGUUGUGCCCUCCCACCCACCGCCCUCCUACCCGGUCACGCCUCCAUCGUACGCUACGCCGCAGCCCUACCCCGUCGUGCACUCCCACCGCCGGCCGCCCUCCUACCCUCCCGCACCCGGCAACAACAGCGCGCCACCAUACCCGCCAGGCGUGCCGUCCUACCCCGCCUAUCCCCUGCCCCCCAGCCCCGAGCCUCCGGCGCCUGCCGCUCCAUAGCUUUGCGGGUCACUGGGUGUAAGUGCUCCUGUCAACAAAUGCUGGGGUUGGAUACUAGGCGAGGCUCUGGUGGAGGGACAUUUGCAUUAACAGUAGUGGCUGCAACGUGUGCUGUGUAUGUGUGCAUGCGCGGCUGGUCAUUGUCCGGCGGGUCAUCCAUGACGAGAGGGAGCGUAACUUUGUUGGCUUCAGUAACACACAUGGAGGGGUUUGUUGUUGCCCCUGGGCACUGCCGGGCCCAUAUCAUAAGCCGCCUGCACUCGCAUUCGCAUCGCAUCUACGCAUUUCAAUCAUAUGUGCAUUUAGGCUGUUGCUUGGACCGAGUGGCUGGAUUGCGCGUGCGUGAUGAGUGCGCGAGCCGGGUCCUGGGGUAGCUACCCGCCCCUAUAGGAGGGCCCCAGCAUGCGACUGACCGGACUGUUUGCGAUACUUGAGACGUACGUUGAGUGCGAUUCUCGUUGAUUGAGCAUGCACGCACGCGCGUACAAGUCCGUGUGUGUGGUAUCGGAUGCGCACCUCAUUCUCGCGCCACCAUCAUCACUUGAACGCGUGCAGGAUGUAUGACACGCGCAUGCACUGCGGGGGUGAUAAACAUAGUGUUGCAUCGAAGAAAUCAGAGUGCAUAUUCCAGGCGUGCAGCAUGACCAAGGUCAGGAGCGCGCUGAGGUGGCGAAGCUCGAAUGCGGGGGAGGAAAGUGGGCGGCGGCCGGGAAUGGUGGCGCGCUUGAGGUAGCCCAUUUCGUGAACGGAUGCCGUACUUUCGAGUAGAGGCUUGGACUUGGCAAUAAAGCAAUAUGCUGGUUAUAAAGAUUGUAUGCAGCCAUGAACCAGAGAGUGAGAGAAACCGAGACGGGCGGGAGUUGCGCGUGCCAAGCUAAACAUUUGUGAGGCAAGUUCCUGCACAAAGCGAGCCUGCUGGUGGCCAGGCGGGCUGCACUUUCAAGUUAAUUCACUGCGGGCUGCGAUUUGAAGAUUUAAGCUUUUCAAAUGUUUGCCAAGGAUAAGGUUGCGGCUGGCUAUGGUAAUAAUCUGGGCGGGUGGGCUUACUGGGGUCCUUGGGACAGUUGGGGCGUGGCGGGAAACCCACUAGAAGCAGGCAGUAGGAGCUGAAGAGCCGCUUGGGGAUGGGUGAUGAGGUGCGUGUCCACAUACCGUAGACGAACAAAGGCUGGUUCAAUGGGUGCGACGGCAGUAGGUGGUCGUAGGUACGAGUCAGGGCCCCACAAUUUUGGGGGAUUAGGUAAUAUCUA